AGCGACCCCCAGCAACACCAUCAAUUGACUUCUCGCGAGAAACAUACACACCACCACCGCCGCCAUGCCUGCGAAACGCACCACCGCCGCUACGGCGACCCCCACCGCGCCCAAAUCCCUCUCCUCCGGCCCCAAGACCCUCACGGCCAACUCCUCCGUCUCCGACAUCAUCCACACCGUCUGGCAGCAGUACCUGGCGACCACGCCGCAACGAACAAUGCUCCUGGAUGUCUUCAUGGCAUUCCUGGUUCUUGUCGGCGGUAUUCAGUUCGUCUACUGUGUUGUCGCGGGCAACUAUCCCUUCAAUGCCUUCCUGAGCGGCUUCUGUGCUGCUGUCGGUCAAUUCGUCCUCACGGCUAGCUUGCGUAUGCAGACGAGUUCUUCUCCUUCCCAGGGUUCCGGUAAGACGACCGCGAAGGGGAAAGAUGGGAAAAGUGCCGAUACGGAUGGGGUUUCGCAUGAGAGGGCGUUUGCGGAUUAUAUCUUUGGGAGUUUGAUCUUGCAUUUCUUCUGUAUUAACUUUAUUAACUGAUUGAGUUUUUUUUAUGGGCUUUUGUUUAUGUGAUGGUCGGUGGCUGGUUCGUUGGGAGGGGGGGAUUUAGUUUAGUUUCCCUGGUGGAUUCUUUGUGUCUAUUAUAGUUUGUUACCUAGGGUUAGAUGGUGAAUUGAUGCGGUUGGUUCC